AUGGCUGAGCAACAGGUUCCUACCUUCAAGCUUGUCCUUGUCGGUGAUGGUGGUACCGGAAAGACCACCUUCGUCAAGCGCCACUUGACUGGUGAAUUCGAGAAGAAGUACAUGGCCACUCUUGGUGUCGAGGUUCACCCUCUUGGCUUCAGCACCAACUUUGGCAACAUCCAGUUCGAUGUCUGGGAUACCGCCGGUCAGGAGAAGUUCGGUGGUCUCCGUGACGGUUACUAUAUCAACGGCCAGUGCGGUAUCAUCAUGUUCGACGUCACCUCCCGCAUCACCUACAAGAACGUCCCCAACUGGCACCGUGAUCUGGUCCGUGUCUGCGAGGGAAUCCCCAUCGUUCUCUGCGGCAACAAGGUCGAUGUGAAGGAGCGCAAGGUCAAGGCCAAGACCAUCACCUUCCACCGCAAGAAGAACCUCCAGUACUACGAUAUUUCCGCCAAGUCCAACUACAACUUCGAGAAGCCUUUCCUCUGGCUCGCCCGCAAGCUCGUUGGCAACCCUCAACUGGAGUUCGUUGCUUCCCCUGCCCUUGCUCCUCCCACCGCCCAGGUCGAUGAGGGUCUCCUCGCCCAGUACGAGCAAGAGAUGAGGACCGCUGCCCAGCAGCCUCUGCCUGAUGAGGGCUCUGAUGACGACCUGUAA